UUUCCUCACGGAAAACGCCGCGCGGUUGUUUGUUGCCGAUGUGCAGAUUUUUUUCGGUUUGGUUUUCUGAUUCGGUUGAAUAACGAAACGCUGAGCCCAGGAGAACGCCACUCUUUCCGCUGAUUUGCCGAUGAUUGAUGCGUCAUUCGUACUUCACUAUGCAUUUCUUGUGCACAGGGCAACAUGGGAGUCCCUGUGAAGAAAAAAUAAAAUUAAGAAGCAACUACGAUAUUUAUAAAAACUUUUGUUAGCCACAAAGGAAAAUUAUUACCCGAUUACCACUACCUUCAUUUUCCCUAAAGUGGUCGCAAUUUUUGUGCUUUCUGAAGCAACGCAGCCAUGCAGUCCCUGUUUCGAAAUUUUACUUCGCGCGCUCCGCGAUUAGAACACUCAAAGGCACUACUUCCCCGCACUUACCCCUCAAUAGAUUCAGCUUUUUCUUCCAAAUCUUCCCCUGCACCAUUGAAUAGCAAUUUUGUUUUCGCCGGCUCCGCACCGCAACAGCUUGUCGCAGCGACGUUCAGGUCUCAGCUGCGGUCGGUAACAACUACAGCCAAUAGCGCCGUGCAGACACCGCCGCAGAACGGAGCCGCGCGCUCUCCUUCGCUCUGCCACAGGCCACCGCGACCUCGAUGGUGUGAGUUUUCUAAUUACGCUGGCGCUUUUGGGGAUCAAUCCCUGAUCAUAAAGCAGCAGCAACACCCGUUCUACCGCAGUUUAUUACGAUCCGCAUCACAACAACAGCUCCGGCAGUUCUCGAAUUUUGCCAAUGAGCAGCGGGACCACAACGCAAUAAAUUCUCCAGAUCAUCAUGAUAAAAAAGAGCUACAGCAUGCCCGACCUAGUAAGAAACAGCCGUUCCGCAAGCAGACGCGGCUCGGCGGCAAAUUCCCGACCUUCGAGGAGGCGCAGCAGAUGCCCCGGGAUUGGCACGAGCUCGAUAACGUGACCCUGUGGGUGCAUUGCGGCCCGAAAGGCAUCCACGACGCGAACGAAGAGCGCAUGAUCCGGGAGAUUAUGCGUGUGGACUGCAUUGACUACUCCGAGGCGGUGCGGCGGCUGCUGGAGAUGCAGGAGCACAUUAUCGGGGGGAAAACCAUUUAUCUAUCAAAAGGAAAAAUCCCCCCUCCCCAUAUCAAAACGAAAUUUCUGAUGCUGGAUUUGGGUACACAAAUCAGCUUUGUAUUGCAGGAAAGCAUUGCGGUCAGAUCCCCAGGCUAGGGAGGGGCGUAUGCGUCUAGUUUUUCAGCAUGGCAAGCGGCUCCGCUUUAGGCCCAGCAGCAUGACAAAUCGCUUCCACAAUGGGGGGGAAGCUUCUGCCCUUGUCUUCUUGCAAAACAAAUGUCAUUUGUGACCUCAAAUCAGCAACAGAAAUUUUCGGAAGCAUGCCUUUUCAAUAUGGGGGGGGAGAUUUUUCCUCUCAAUAUUAUCGCCACUUGGGGCUGCUCCCGUACAAGGGGGGGAUGCUGUUGGCGGGCAUGUUUGGCUUCAGCACGGUGCCGCUCAUUUUCCACAAGGAAACGUAUCAUUUGUAAAACCGUCCCCACCUCCCCAGAGUUGUAAUGCAAAUCUGCAUGCUGAAAAUGUUUGUCGUGCGGAGUCCUAUGGGAAGCAGUUUCUAUUGGUGUUUCGCGAUUUGUGAUGCUCAGAUCCGCAUGGUAUGCUAGAUCUGUGAUGCUGCUUGACUAGCUAAACACGACUACAUUGCGAGCCCGAAUUUCUCAUGCGCAACUGCCAAAGCUGGUUGAUUUGUGUAGCAGAUUUGUCGUCUUGACUCUGGGGUGGGGACGUUUUUGCUCACCAUAAAGCGGUGUUGUGGUUCAACGAGGUCUAUGUCACGGCCGACGUUCCAGAGCCGAAGGAUUUGGAGACCUGGCUGGAAGUCGGGAGCUUUGCGUGGCAGUGGAUGGAACCGUUGAUAGGUGAGAUUUUUGUUUUCGAAUGCAGAUUCAGUUUGGAAGAACGCGAGUCAUCAAUUAUAUUUCAGAGAGUUCAACAUCAUCAUCUUUCGAAACAGCUUGUUUCGAAAACCACAAUCUGACCUAUUCAUGCCAAACAACUACUCACCCAGGCCAGCUCUCCUUCCUGAUCCUUGUCGCCCAGUAUAUGCGAAAUCAGUUGCUGAACCUGGGUCUCAAGCCGUACACGGGGAUGCUGAUUAACUACCGGUGUUCGCGCGCCCGGGAGCGGUAUCCCGAAUAUUCAGAGACCAUUCUAACGGACUACGCCACAACGAUCUCCUGGGAAGGACGCCGGCGCCCACACGACGUGCCGGGGAAGCAAAUGGCCCGGCGACGGUCCGUGCGGCACUCUGCGGAUGUCCGGCAGCAUUGACGAGGCGAGAAUAAUUUUCCUUGAGAAGCUUUACGUGAUAAGUGCAGUGGCACUUUUUCAUCAUGAUGCGCAAUUAUUCCUAGAAAAGAGUGCGAUGCUGAAAAGAAAUCAGAUUUUCCAACUGUUUCUGUUUAUUCCCACACGCGUUUCAGACCCAUCGGAUUCGCCAUUAAGUCCUUUGACGCAACAAGGCGAAAUCAUUUUCUAAACGUUGCAAGCAGG